AUGACGAGCCCGAUUUAUUGCGCUACUGAUGGAACUGGACCAGGCUCUCAAUGGAUUCGAACACGAAGUGGCUGGAGAUCAAGCGAGUCUGAAAGUACUGUAGAAGAAUCUCCACCUGACAAAGAAGAGGUCAAAGAGCUCCUAAGCUCGCACGUGACCAAACAGUGGCACAAGCAAUGUCUCGUCCAAGCUCAAGGCAUCAAAGGAGCGCCUCCGUCGCGGGCAGGAGCAAGCGAGAAUUUAUCCUACCUCCCGAUUUUGACCAAAACGACUCAGGAAUUCGGCUACACGACUCUUGGCGAAGCUCUCCGCCGGCUGAACUUUCUUUCCGCCCUUGACGACCGCCUCAAGUUCAACUUCAUUCUCGACGUCGUCCAUCUUUGCGUCAAAGAUCGACUUCUCUCUUUGUCUGGUUUUGCCAUCCGAAGACUGUUGGCUAUCAUUUCGCAUAUAAUCGACAAAAUGGAGGAGAGGAGUGAAUUCGGGGCGAGGGAUGAUCUUCAUGCGACGCUGGAAGUUUUUAUCAAGAAAUUGACGGAGUUCAAGAAGAUCAUUAGUUGCUCGCAUUCUGGAAUUCAACAGAUGAUAAAUCAAAGCGAAAAUUUAAAGCUCCGUCUUCAUUCACUCCAGCUUCCUGAAGUUCAAAGACAGAAGAAAGAAGUCAACAUAAUCGACCUUCCAAAUGAAAUUCAGGAUAAGAUCUUGCUAUCCCUUACGACUCCAAAGGAUUUUGACAGAUUGGCGAAGGCGAAUUCGAACUUUGGAGAAAUCGUUUCUGUUUUUGAAGAGCUUCAUCUGAAAAAUAUGGUUGAUUUCCACUGGCAAGAGGAGCAAAAACGCGACUGGCGUCUGCCAAUCUGGAAAUCCGACGCGCCGAAAUCCGAUUCCGUCAAUCUCUCCGCCUCCGAUCUACGAAAUCAGCACCAGCGACUGCUGAAGAAACAUGGUCUCCGAAAGGAAUACUCGUCGAUUCUAAUUUUUUGUCCGAAAAACUCGAUUUUAUUCUGGGACGAUGCAGAGCAUCCUUAUUCGAUUUUUGAGGAAAAUUUGAAAGAAAUUUUUCCUGCUGAUUUUGUCUCGUUUUUUGAUUGA